AUGAUAGAGAAAUUCGAGCUUACAGGACCCAGAGGGGUCCAUCAGUGCAUUGUUUUCGAACCCCUUGUGACCAGCCUUCUUCAUUUUCAAGCGACAUUGGACCCGAAAAGCCUUCCUGAGGACUUGCUAAAAGGGGCACUUCAGCAGCUACUACUGGCGCUUGAUUAUUUACACUCAGAGGCACACGUCAUACACACUGACAUCCAAGCAAAGAACAUUAUUAUCAGCGCAAACGACGACUCAAUUUUCCGUGAAUGGGAUGAUAGCGAGGCUACUGACCCAACCCCUCGAAAGGUCAAUGACGACUAUACUACCUACUUGUCUCGGCCGUUUCAUCGUAAGAAAGGAUGGAGUGGCUUUGGGAUGCCACUGCUUUCAGACUUUGGAGAAGCUCGCAUCGGGGAGGUACACGAUGGAUUGGUGCAGCCCGAUAUCUACCGCGCUCCCGAGGUGAUUCUUGGGAUGAGUUGGACGGCAAAAGUUGAUAUAUGGAACGUUGGAGUCCUGAUCUGGGAUCUCUUUGAAGAUCAUCAUCUAUUCGAUGGCAGGGGCCCGGAUGGUCAUCAGUCUGAUGCGCAACUUCUCGCCGAAAUGGUAGCAAUGCUCGGCCCUCCACCUGCUAAGUUUCUUCACAAAUCUUCCCAGAGUCAAAAAUACUGGGACACCUUAGGUGAUGUUUCACUACCCAAUGCUUCGCUGUCUUAG